CUCUUUUCUCCAACGACCUCAUUUCUGUAAUCUGCCUUUAUAUAUAUUUCUGUAACAAGCACUAUAUCUUAGCUUGCAGUACAUAUAUAGAAUUUCCAUUAUAUAUUCUCUACUUUUUUCCUCCUUCCACACCAUAUAUCUGCUUCUAAAAUAUUUAUUCAGAGGGAAAGAAGGCAGAGAAGGAGAGCAUCAAACAUGAAGGAGAACGGUGCAAAACCAAGAUGGAAUUUUAAAGAGAACGACAAGUUGUUGGCUGGGUCGGGUGUGUCCAUAAGAGUGGUCCGUAAUACAUUGAUGCAGAGCGUCGACCCGUCUGACGCCCGACCCGUUAUCCCUCUCUCCCACGGCGACCCUUCUUCUUUCUCCUGCUUUCGGACCACUCCCGUCGCUGAAGAUGCUAUCUUUGAUUCCGUUCGAUCAGCUAAGUUCAACGGCUAUUCCUCCUCCGUCGGCAUUCUCUCUGCUAGAAGGGCUGUGGCAGAACACUUAUCUCAAGAUCUUCCAUACAAGCUGUCUCCUGAUGAUGUUUACCUGACAAUUGGAUGUACUCAAGCAAUUGAAAUAAUUUUGAAUGUUCUUGCUCGUCCAAAUGCAAAUAUUCUACUUCCAAGGCCUGGAUUUCCUUAUUAUGAAGCGCGAGCUGCAUAUAGUCAUCUUGAAAUGCGUCACUUUAAUCUUCUCCCAGAAAAGAAGUGGGAGGUUGACCUUAAUUCAGUUGAGUCUUUGGCAGAUGAAAAUACUGUUGCUAUGGUCAUUAUUAAUCCUGGGAAUCCUUGCGGCAAUGUCUACACAUACCAACACCUAAAGGAGGUAGCGGAGAUGGCAAAGAAGCUUGGAAUUUUAGUUAUUGCUGAUGAAGUUUAUGAUCAUCUUACUUUUGGAAGUAAACCAUUUGUGCCUAUGGGAAUCUUUGGAUCAAUUGCACCUGUUAUUACGCUUGGAUCCAUAUCAAAAAGGUGGAUUGUCCCUGGUUGGCGACUUGGUUGGCUUGUUACAACUGAUCCAAAUGGCAUACUAAAAGAAUAUGGGGUCAUAGAUUCUCUUAUGGGGUAUCUCAAUCUAAUUUCUGACCCCGCAACCCUUAUUCAGGGAGCAAUUCCACAGAUCCUUCAGAAAACAAAAGAUGAUUUCUUCUCUAAAAUAGUAAAUAUACUAAGACAAGCUGCAGACAUUUGCUAUUACAAAAUCAAGGAUAUUCCAUGCAUCACUUGCCCAAGUAAACCUGAAGGAUCUAUGUCUGUGAUGGUCAAACUUCACUUAAACCUUCUAGAAGACAUUGAAGAUGACCUGGACUUCUGUGUCAAGCUUGCUAAGGAGGAGUCUUUGAUAAUCUUACCAGGUGUUACUGUAGGACUCAAGAAUUGGCUCAGGAUUACUUUUGCAUGUGAACUAUCAAUUCUAGAAGAUGGUCUCAAGAGACUAACUGCUUUCUGUCAAAGGCAUGCCAAGAAAAAAAAUAAGCUACUCUCAGAAGGAAACUUGAUAUCUCUGCAUUUUUGGGAAGUCUCAGAUUCAAUUCAAGAGUUGAAAAUGUGAUCAUUAACUACACGUUGGAUUGUUGGUAUGGUAAUAUUCAUAGUUGUUAUGAAAAAACUGCACGUUGGAUACUCGAUCGUUUGUGGUGUGUGAUAGCUCAUAAAUAAGUUGGCCAAAUUCUCAACAAUUUCAUUGAGUCAUCAGGGGAAUGUAAUAUGUUAUGUAGAAUGGUAUAUGUUUCUGUAGCUUCAGAAUAGCAUCAUGCUAGUUUUACGUACUGCAUGUGUUUGAAAGAUAGCUUUAGCCUAACUAUGCUAGAAUAGUGUUUGUGAAAUAUUGUGGCUUAUGUUGAUCUUAAUUCGUGAUUUGCAAAGUACGGAAGCAGAAUUUAGUGGGUCAAUUGAGGCGAAAA